AGGCGUGGGCCUAAAUGAGGCUAGCCUAGUUAAGCCUGAUCUUUUUUUCUGUUUGUGAAAAAGAGCUGAGCAGAGCCAGAGACUGCAUGGUGGUUUCAGAAACUGCCUACUUAAUUCGGAAAUAACAAUGGUUGGAAAGGCUAGAUCUUCUAAUUUUACAUUAUCUGAAAAGCUUGAUUUGCUAAAGCUGGUGAAGCCAUAUGUUAAAAUUCUUGAAGAGCACACUAAUAAACAUUCAGUAAUAGUGGAAAAGAACAAAUGCUGGGAUAUCAUAGCAGAUAAAUAUAAUGCUAUUGGAGUAGAUCGCCCUCCUCGUACAGCACAAGGCCUGCGUACCCUCUAUAAAAGGCUCAAAGAAUACGCCAAACAGGAGCUCUUGCAGCAAAAGGAGACUCUGUUAGAUCAUAGGAGCAGUAUUUCUGAGCCAACCAAGAAAGUUGUGGAAAUGAUUCCCCAGAUUUCCAGUGUAUGCCUAGGAAGAGACAAGAACAGUAUACAAAGUGCAAACGUGGAUAAGGAAGCGCAUGCAGGUACCAGUUUGCCACAGGUGAUGUUGGAUCACCAUCCUGUUGCUAUUACAGUGGAGUUGGACCAAGAAGAAGAUAUUAAGCCACCUCCUUCACUAGUUGUAGAUUCUCAACAGAAUGAGACAUUAGAGCAAAGAGAAGAACAUGAAUUGGUCCGUAUUAUGGAAAGAUCUUCACCUUCGCUUUCCUCUGUUGAUACAAGAAUGACAUUGUCGCCAUCUUCUCUUCCAAGGAGAGAUGAAUUUUUUAGACAUGAAAGUGGAGAACAUUUUAGACCAUUAUUUGGAUAUGAUCCACAAACAUUGCAAAUGAUGAAGGAGGAACAUCAGAUAAUUUUAGAAAAUCAAAGAAAAUUUGGACUGUAUGUUCAAGAAAAGAGGGAUGGAUUAAAGAGAAGACAGCAGCUUGAAGAAGAGCUUCUAAAAGCAAAAAUCAAAGUGGAGAGGCUGAGAGCAAUACGCUUAAGACGUGAUCUUCCUGAAUACAACAGUCUCUAAAUAUUUAUCUUUUUUGUCUGAAUAAUCUGAAAAUUUCAUCUGAUUUAUUUGAUUAAAUGGUUUUGACAAAGUCAGUUCCAUAAGGCAAUGUGCUAGAUCAUAAUACAUAUUCUUAAAAUACUAAUUUCCCACUAUUAUAAGAAAACUCUUUAGAAAAGCUUAUUUUGGAUCUUUUGAUUGUGUCAUAUGUCUGUAAUACACAUUUUAAAAUUUCCUCCUGAAUUUUAUUUGUGAGGAGUUUUAAUAGCUGGUCUUAAAGACGUUUUUACUUUUUUUUCAUUGGAGUACUCAAUCUUUAAGAGAGGGAAAAUGCCAAUUAGAGAUUUUCUAAUAAUCUUUUAAAAUAUUUUUAAGUGUUCUGAUAAUCUAAUAAGAGCUAGUUGCUUUAUACGACACUGAUUUUCGUACUUUAUUCUCUUUAAAAAAAUAAAUUUUUUGAUGCCUUUUUACAUUGCAGUCAUUUUUGGAACUACUGCCCUUCUCUGUCCCACAGUUGAAUCCUCCCUUGUAACAAAGAAAAACAGUUAAGCAAAAACACCAGAUACAAGUGACCUUUACUGACAACGUAUACAACAUUCUGUCCUAAUAUAAGUCUACUACCCGUUUGCUGAGAAAGAGAAGGUCACACCUUAAUCUUUUUAAAGACUAAAUCAUAGAACCAUAGAAUUUUAGAGCUGGAAUGGACCUUAUUAGAAAUCAAACCCUCCCAUUUUAUAGAGGAGGAAACUGAGAUGCUUAGCAAAAGUCACAACACAGAUCUGGCAUUAGAACCCAUUUCUGAUUUAGAGUCCAGUCAUCUUUUUUAUUAUGCCACAAAUUACACCACCCAUUUUAAAUAUUCCUGAUUGUGGUUAGCAGCUUAGCAAAAAAAAAAAAGUGUGUAUAU